ACGGUGUUUGUCGGAAAGAACAAGCCGCAGAAAGAUCCCCUGCGCCCCUUCCGCCGGCAGGGCUUCAAGCUGGAGGAGUACCUCAUCGGCCAGCCCAUCGGGAAGGGCUGCAGCGCCGCCGUGUACGAAGCGGCUGUUCCUCUGGUGUGCGAUGGCCGGGGGCGUGCGGAGAGCGGCCGUCCCCCCGUUUCUGAAGAGGAGCCCGUAGGGAAGCGCCACCCGACAGCGGCUUUUCCGUUGGCCAUCAAGAUGAUGUGGAACAUUUCGGCUGGUUCGUCGAGUGAAGCCAUCCUCGAUGCUAUGGGCCGAGAGCUUGUUCCAGCCACGGGGGUUGCCUUAGCCGGAGAAUAUGGAGCCGUCUCUGGCCGCAGAAAACCCGUCCUUGGGAGGAAGAAGUUACAGCCUCAUCCGAAUAUAAUCCAGGUGAUCCGAGCAUUCACGUCCUCUGUCCCUUUGCUGCCCGGAGCCUUCACGGACUAUCCCGAUGUUCUUCCGUUAAACCUAAAUCCCAGGGGGAUCGGUCACAGCCGCACGCUCUUCUUGGUGAUGAAGAAUUACCCGUGCACCCUGCGCCAGUAUCUGCGGGAGAGCAGUCCGGAUGUUUGUCUCUCCACGAUGAUGAUUUUACAGCUCUUGGAAGGCGUGGACCAUCUUGUUCGGCACGGAAUAGCACACCGAGACCUGAAGUCUGACAACGUCCUGGUUGAAUUUGAUUCUG